AUGCCCAGAGGUUUAUGGACUGAAGAACAAAUGGCUUUGGCCUUGCAAGCAGUCAAAAAUGGGAUGUCAGUAAGAACAGCCGCCAAAGAAUUCAAUAUUGCCCGUCGAACAAUAAGAAAUCAUUUGCUUAGUGGAAAAACGGAAAAGAAACUUGGCCGUACUUCAUGUUUAACACUUGAACAAGAAUCUGAGUUGUGUGAAAUAAUUUUUAGGCUGGCCGAUGUUGGAAUGCCCUUAACAUCUACAGUGAUAAGGCGUUCUGUCCAUGAAUAUUGCCAACGAAACGGAAUACCUGCACCUUUUACCGAUAAGAACAUAGCUGGUCGAAAAUGGCUCAAACUUUUUCUAGGUCGGCAUCCCGAAGUUGUUAAAAGAAAAUCGCAAUUCAUGAAUCCAGCUAGAUCCGCCAAAUUAAACAAGUUCAUAGUCAAUGACUAUUUUGAAAAGCUACGAGAAGUUAUGUUGAAGCUUGAUAUCCUGCAAAGCCCUCAACGCAUUUUUAAUAUUGAUGAGAAAGGUUGUCGCCUAAAUAUUCAUAAAUUACAACAGGUAUAUGCUUGUAAAGGUGUCAAACGAGUUCAUUUAAUUUCUCAAGAACAUGCUGAGAAUGUGUCAAUUGUCAGUUGUGGAAAUGCUAUAGGACAAGUUAUUCCAGCUAUGAUAUUGUUCAAAGGAAAAAGAAAGAAGAAUGAAUGGCACGACAAUCUACCUGCUGGGACAGUUAUUGAGAUACAUUUUGCUAAGUACAAACCAGAAGGAAGAGUACUGCUAAUUUUUGAUGGAGCAUCAUCUCAUUUGGAUGCAGGUAUUGUCGUUGCAGCCGAAUCCCACGAAAUUUCGCCUUUGGAUAAGGCGGUGUUCAAAGCUUUCGAAUCUUACUGGGAUGACGAAGUAAUCAUAUACUGGACAAAUAAACCAGAACGAACUAUCAAUGAAUUUUCGUUUGGCCUGAUUUUCUCAAAAGUGUGGCCAAAAGCAAUUGCACCAUCAAAUGUUAUUUCAGGUUUUCGUGCAACAGGAAUAUACCCGUAUAAUCCGAAUAUCAUUCCUGACAUUGCUUUUACCCCACCAGAAAUAACAGAAAAUAAAUUAUAUUCGAAAAUUCAACUAUUCCAUCAUCUUCGACAUCCGCAACAAAUAUUCCUAGUGGCAGCUCCAGUCCGGAUAGAGAGAAGGAAAGAAAAACUCGAAAUGGAAAAAAAACUGAAGAUAGCUCUGAGAGUUUUGUCAGUUCUGACAAUGAAUUUUCAGUACAUGACAGCUCAGAGGAGGACAAUGUAA